AUGUGUGCAUUUUAUUUUCAAACAUCAGCAUGCGCCAGUGGACUAUGGGGUCAGACGUGCAGCUACCACUGUGGUCAUUGUAAUGGAUCUUCCUGUGACAGACAGUCUGGGAAUUGUCAGUGUGAGACUGGGUGGGCUCCGCCGAGAUGUACAUUAUGUGCAGACUUCUGGUAUGGAGAAAACUGCAACAAGACUUGUAACUGUAGAGACAGAACUGAAAUUUGUAACAAGAGAGGAGGGCAAUGUACAGCUUGUCCAGAUGGGUGGACUGGAACAGCGUGCGAUCAAUGUGUUGAGGGGAAAUACGGAGAACACUGUAAUCAGACUUGCGACAACUGCAGGGACAAACAAUGUGAUCGUUUGACUGGAUCUUGUCUUGGUGGAUGUGCUGCUGGGUUUACUAAACCUGAAACUGGCUGUACAGAGAAACUUGAGUCAGAUACACACGAUAACAAGGCUGCUACUAUAAACACAGGCCUGGCCAUUGCGACAGGACUAGCUAUGGCUUUACUUGUUAUGGGCGCCAUUGUUUCAGUAUGGUAUUUUAGACGUAUAAAGGCGAGACAGAGACACGGUGAACGAGACAGUUCUAAAAGGAAUGCGGACCACAUAAAUGAUCGAGAAUACGAAAAUGUUGGAGCACAACACAUUGAUUCCGGUAAUGAAGUUGAUAAUGUGUCCAACACAGGAGAGCCUACUCCACUGGGAAGCCAUAGUACCUCAGCUCCGACAAGUGAUCAGAAUCCACAAGAUGGUGGUAUCGAGGGUGGUUAUGUUAAUGUAGUGCAAGAUAUUCAAAUGAAUGAUUAUGAAAAACUUGAUACUUCGACACAUACCACUUCACAGAAUGUCUAUGAAAAAAUAACUGGUAUAUAAUGCCAGUAAAUUCUCGUGUAGCCAAUUUGUUCACAACAUUUAGCUGUACAUUUGGUCUGGCUACAAGCAAAUAUACACUAUUAAAUGAGUGCUGAUAUAGACUAUUGCAUACACGUGUAUUUAGUUAUGUAAUGGUGAUAAUUAUUAGUUAUAUAGAAAAACAUAUGCACGUGUAAGUGUGACAUAGGGGUUUUAAUAUUCCAUGGUUUGGCAUUAGCAAUAUGUGUUCUACAAUACUGUCAAUAUUGUAAUAUCAAUGCAUCAUUCGGCGACCGUUUGUGAAAUAACAAACCAAUCAUGUUUCUAUCAGAAUGAUUUUGAUAAAAUCUGAUUUAUCUGGAAGCUAUAUCGUCAUUUCUAUUAGCUUAC